AUGCAAGCCACCACUGACACUGGCCUCAACACAGUACUGACCAUCACUGACGCUGUCCUCAACACAGUACAGACCAUCACUGACUCUGUCCUCAACACAGUUCUGACCAUCACUGACCCUGUCCUCAACACAGUUCUGACCAUCACUGACCCUGUCCUCAACACAGUACAGACCAUCACUGACUCUGUCCUCAACACAGUACUGACCAUCAACGACUCUGUCCUCAACACAGUACAGACCAUCACUGACUCUGGCCUCAACACAGUACUGACCAUCACUGACUCUGUCCUUAACACAGUACUGACCAUCACUGACUCUGUCCUCAACACAGUACUGACCAUCACGGACUCUGGCCUCAACACAGUACAGACCAUCACUGACUCUGGCCUCAACACAGUACUGACCAUCACUGACUCUGGCCUCAACACAGUACAGACCAUCACUGACUCUGUCCUCAACACAGUACUGACCAUCACUGACUCUGUCCUCAACACAGUACAGACCAUCACUGACUCUGUCCUCAACACAGUACUGACCAUCACUGACUCUGUCCUCAACACAGUACUGACCAUCAAUGACUCUGUCCUCAACACAGUACAGACCAUCACUGACUCUGGCCUCAACACAGUACUGACCAUCACUGACUCUGGCCUCAACACAGUACUGACCAUCACUGACUCUGUCCUCAACACAGUACUGACCAUCACGGACUCUGGCCUCAACACAGUACAGACCAUCACUGACUCUGGCCUCAACACAGUACUGACCAUCACUGACUCUGGCCUCAACACAGUACAGACCAUCACUGACUCUGUCCUCAACACAGUACUGACCAUCACUGACUCUGUCCUCAACACAGUACAGACCAUCACUGACUCUGUCCUCAACACAGUACUGACCAUCACUGACGCUGUCCUCAACACAGUACUGACCAUCACUGACUCUGUCCUCAACACAGUACUGACCAUCACUGACUCUGUCCUCAACACAGUACAGACCAUCACUGACUCUGUCCUCAACACAGUACUGACCAUCACUGACGCUGUCCUCAACACAGUACUGACCAUCAUUGACUCUGUCCUCAACACAGUUCUGACCAUCACUGACCCUGUCCUCAACACAGUACAGACCAUCACUGACUCUGUCCUCAACACAUACGUACUGACCAUCACUGACUCUGUCCUCAACACAGUACUGACCAUCACUGACGCUGGCCUCAACACAGUACUGACCAUCACUGACGCUGGCCUCAACACAGUACAGACCAUCACUGACUCUGGCCUCAACACAGUACUGACCAUCACUGACUCUGGCCUCAACACAGUACAGACCAUCACUGACUCUGUCCUCAACACAGUACAGACCAUCACUGACUCUGUCCUCAACACAGUACAGACCAUCACUGACUCUGUCCUCAACACAGUACUGACCAUCACUGACGCUGGCCUCAACACAGUACUGACCAUCACUGACUCUGGCCUCAACACAGUACAGACCAUCACUGACUCUGUCCUCAACACAGUACUGACCAUCACUGACUCUUUCCUCAACACAGUACUGACCAUCACUGACACUGGCAUCAACACAGUACUGACCAUCACUGACGCUGUCCUCAACACAGUACUGACCAUCACUGACGCUGUCCUCAACACAGUACUGACCAUCACUGACGCUGGCCUCAACACAGAACUGACCAUCACUGACUCUGGCCUCAACACAGUACUGACCAUCACUGACUCUGGCCUCAACACAGUACUGACCAUCACUGACUCUGUCCUCAACACAGUACAGACCAUCACUGACGCUGGCCUCAACACAGUACUGACCAUCACUGACGCUGGCCUCAACACAGUACUGACCAUCACUGACGCUGGCCUCAACACAGUACAGACCAUCACUGACUCUGGCCUCAACACAGUACUGACCAUCACUGACUCUGGCCUCAACACAGUACAGACCAUCACUGACUCUGUCCUCAACACAGUACAGACCAUCACUGACUCUGUCCUCAACACAGUACAGACCAUCACUGACUCUGUCCUCAACACAGUACUGACCAUCACUGACGCUGGCCUCAACACAGUACUGACCAUCACUGACUCUGGCCUCAACACAGUACAGACCAUCACUGACUCUGUCCUCAACACAAUACUGACCAUCACUGACUCUUUCCUCAACACAGUACUGACCAUCACUGACACUGGCAUCAACACAGUACUGACCAUCACUGACGCUGUCCUCAACACAGUACUGACCAUCACUGACGCUGUCCUCAACACAGUACUGACCAUCACUGACGCUGGCCUCAACACAGAACUGACCAUCACUGACUCUGGCCUCAACACAGUACUGACCAUCACUGACUCUGGCCUCAACACAGUACUGACCAUCACUGACUCUGUCCUCAACACAGUACAGACCAUCACUGACGCUGGCCUCAACACAGUACUGACCAUCACUGACACUGGCCUCAACACAGUACAGACCAUCACUGACUCUGGCCUCAACACAGUACUGACCAUCACUGACUCUGGCCUCAACACAGUACAGACCAUCACUUACUCUGUCCUCAACACAGUACAGACCAUCACUGACUCUGUCCUCAACACAGUACUGACCAUCACUGACUCUGUCCUCAACACAGUACUGACCAUCACUGACUCUGGCCUCAACACAGUACAGACCAUCACUGACUCUGUCCUCAACACAGUACUGACCAUCACUGACACUGGCCUCAACACAGUACAGACCAUCACUGACUCUGGCCUCAACACAGUACUGACCAUCACUGACUCUUGCCUCAACACAGUACAGACCAUCACUGACUCUGUCCUCAACACAGUACUGACCAUCACUGACUCUGGCCUCAACACAGUACUGACCAUCACUGACUCUGGCCUCAACACAGUACAGACCAUCACUGACUCUGUCCUCAACACAGUACAGACCAUCACUGACUCUGGCCUCAACACAGUACUGACCAUCACUGACUCUGGCCUCAACACAGUACAGACCAUCACUGACUCUGGCCUCAACACAGUACUGACCAUCACUGACUCUGGCCUCAACACAGUACAGACCAUCACUGACUCUGGCCUCAACACAGUACAGACCAUCACUGACGCUGGCCUCAACACAGUACUGACCAUCACUGACACUGGCCUCAACACAGUACUGACCAUCACUGACUCUGGCCUCAACACAGUACUGACCAUCACUGACUCUGGCCUCAACACAGUACAGACCAUCACUGACUCUGUCCUCAACACAGUACAGACCAUCACUGACUCUGUCCUCAACACAGUACUGACCAUCACUGACUCUGUCCUCAACACAGUACUGACCAUCACUGACUCUGUCCUCAACACAGUACAGACCAUCACUGACGCUGGCCUCAACACAGUACUGACCAUCACUGACGCUGGCCUCAACACAGUACUGACCAUCACUGACGCUGGCCUCAACACAGUACAGACCAUCACUGACUCUGGCCUCAACACAGUACUGACCAUCACUGACUCUGGCCUCAACACAGUACAGACCAUCACUGACUCUGUCCUCAACACAGUACAGACCAUCACUGACUCUGUCCUCAACACAGUACAGACCAUCACUGACUCUGUCCUCAACACAGUACUGACCAUCACUGACGCUGGCCUCAACACAGUACUGACCAUCACUGACUCUGGCCUCAACACAGUACAGACCAUCACUGACUCUGUCCUCAACACAGUACUGACCAUCACUGACUCUUUCCUCAACACAGUACUGACCAUCACUGACACUGGCAUCAACACAGUACUGACCAUCACUGACGCUGUCCUCAACACAGUACUGACCAUCACUGACGCUGUCCUCAACACAGUACUGACCAUCACUGACGCUGGCCUCAACACAGAACUGACCAUCACUGACUCUGGCCUCAACACAGUACUGACCAUCACUGACUCUGGCCUCAACACAGUACUGACCAUCACUGACUCUGUCCUCAACACAGUACAGACCAUCACUGACGCUGGCCUCAACACAGUACUGACCAUCACUGACACUGGCCUCAACACAGUACAGACCAUCACUGACUCUGGCCUCAACACAGUACUGACCAUCACUGACUCUGGCCUCAACACAGUACAGACCAUCACUUACUCUGUCCUCAACACAGUACAGACCAUCACUGACUCUGUCCUCAACACAGUACUGACCAUCACUGACUCUGUCCUCAACACAGUACUGACCAUCACUGACUCUGGCCUCAACACAGUACAGACCAUCACUGACUCUGUCCUCAACACAGUACUGACCAUCACUGACACUGGCCUCAACACAGUACAGACCAUCACUGACUCUGGCCUCAACACAGUACUGACCAUCACUGACUCUUGCCUCAACACAGUACAGACCAUCACUGACUCUGUCCUCAACACAGUACUGACCAUCACUGACUCUGGCCUCAACACAGUACUGACCAUCACUGACUCUGGCCUCAACACAGUACAGACCAUCACUGACUCUGUCCUCAACACAGUACAGACCAUCACUGACUCUGGCCUCAACACAGUACUGACCAUCACUGACUCUGGCCUCAACACAGUACAGACCAUCACUGACUCUGGCCUCAACACAGUACUGACCAUCACUGACUCUGGCCUCAACACAGUACAGACCAUCACUGACUCUGGCCUCAACACAGUACAGACCAUCACUGACGCUGGCCUCAACACAGUACUGACCAUCACUGACACUGGCCUCAACACAGUACUGACCAUCACUGACUCUGGCCUCAACACAGUACUGACCAUCACUGACUCUGGCCUCAACACAGUACAGACCAUCACUGACUCUGUCCUCAACACAGUACAGACCAUCACUGACUCUGUCCUCAACACAGUACUGACCAUCACUGACUCUGUCCUCAACACAGUACUGACCAUCACUGACUCUGGCCUCAACACAGUACAGACCAUCACUGACUCUGUCCUCAACACAGUACAGACCAUCACUGACUCUGUCCUCAACACAGUACUGACCAUCACUGACGCUGUCCUCAACACAGUACUGACCAUCACUGACGCUGUCCUCAACACAGUACUGACCAUCACUGACACUGGCCUCAACACAGUACUGACUAUCACUGACACUGGCCUCAACACAGUACUGACCAUCACUGACACUGGCCUCAACACAAAACACUCUGAUACCAUCCUCACUCUGAGAGACACUCAGAAACACUCUGAUACCAUCCUCACUCUAAGAGACACUCAGAAACCCUCUGAUACCAUCCUCACUCUGAGAGACACUCAGAAACACUCUGAUACCAUCCUCACUCUGAGAGACACUCAGAAACACUCUGAUAUCAUCCUGAGAGACACUCAGAAACACUCUGAUAUCAUCCUCACUCUGAGAGACACUCAGAAACACUCUGAUACCAUCCUCAUUCUGAGAGACACUCAGAAACACUCUGAUAUCAUCCUGAGAGACACUCAGAAACACUCUGAUAUCAUCCUCACUCUGAGAGACACUCAGAAACACUCUGAUACCAUCCUGAGAGACACUCAGAAAUACUCUGAUACCAUCCUCACUCUGAGAGACACUCAGAAACACUCUGAUACCAUCCUCACUCUGAGAGACACUCAGAAACACGCUGAUAUCAUCCUGAGAGACACUCAGAAACACUCUGAUACCAUCCUCACUCUGAGAGACACUCAGAAACACUCUGAUACCAUCCUGAGAGACACUCAGAAACACUUGAUACCAUCCUCACUCUGA